UGAUUUUUAUUAACAUUUAUGAUAAUUUUUUAAAAUUUCUGUUUUGCUUGGAUCACUGUGCUAACUCUUUAAACCAGUGUACCAGCAAAAAAUACACCUCAACACUCAACUGUAUUUCCCUAUCAUUGAAGUAAUUUUGAUAAUCUUUUCACUUCAGCCCAAAUGAUGGCGAUUUGGUCAACUAUAAAAAACCUGAUGUAUGGGUUGCUAGUCAGAUCAAGAUUAAUGUAUUACAUACUUCCUCGACUGCUCCCUAUUUUAGCAAAACACUUUAUUGAUCUUACAAAGCUAGGGAAUCAUUAUGUCACCGAUGAAUCAGGUCACAAAAUAAAAGUGACCCAAUGUAAUGGACAAAUCUACCCAGUCGUUGAUGUCAGCAAAGUGUUAUCUAUACCACACAUAACUAUCAGAAAAGACGAUGUAUUAUUGUGUAGUUAUCCAAAAUCCGGGUGCCAUUGGGUUUACGAGAUCCUCCACAUGAUGUUAAACAAGCACCUGCGUCUUACUUGCUCUGGAAAAGAAUUUGAAGGUGGAAUUGAUGUCAUGCCUGAUAUUUUACUUGAUUCUCUCCCUUCUCCAAGGGUGCUGAACUCACAUUUAUGCUACCCUGAGUUGCCUGUUGGGAUUAAAGAACAUAAAACAAAAAUAAUACUUUUAGUCAGAAACCCAAAAGAUACAGUUGUUUCUUUUUAUAAUCACCACAUCAGUCAGAAAGGAAUAACAGGAUAUGAUGGGAAUUUCUGUGACUACUUUAAACUAUUUAUGGAUGGCAAGCUGGAGUUUGGUGGUUAUUUUGAUUACAUCCUAGAGUGGGAUUCUGUCAUGAGAAGCCAGUGUAACAAUGCCAUACACUUGUUAACAUAUGAAAACCUCAAAGAUAACCCAGUAGAGACAAUUCAGCAGGUUGCCAGAUUUCUGAACAUAGAACUGACAGAUUCUUUUGCAGUUCAAAUUCUGGAGUCAUGCCAGUUUGACAAAAUGAAAGUGCAAAGAGAAAAACAGAAUAAUGAGCUAGUCCAAUUUUAUCGCAAAGGAGUUAAAGGUGACUGGAGAAACUGGCUGACAGAUGAACAAAGUAGAUCCAUAGACAACAUGUGGAAAGAGAGAAUGUUGCAUUGUUUUUACCAGCCCCAGUAUUGAAACAUUUGUUGUAACUUUAUUAUUCUCAUUUUAAAAUAUGACUGUGAUUCAUGUAAGUUUAUUAAAUAAAAAUAUAUUACCAGUCAUUGAA